AUGGCCACGGCAUCAAUGGAUGCUCUAGGGGCCUUCACCCAUAUGAAAGACAAUCUACCUGCUUGGAUCACCCGCGUUUCAGAGCUGGCAGCACACACCCACAAGAAACACGAUGAAUACUCCGAGGCUUACAGGCGACACACAAACUUCAAGCCCCGCCGGCGAAAGAACAGCUCCGUUUGCUCCAUUCACACCGAUGACCUUGUUCCGAUUGCUCAACAAAAGAUCCCCAGUCCAGAACCCGCUACAUUGGCAACAACACAGGAUGCGCCCGAGCGAACUCAACGUUCUGGGCGCAAGCGCAGUACCGAGGAGGCCCUAUCAAUCGAGUCCAACGAGGAAUACGCGUUCGUAAGCACACGGCAUAACGUCAUCAUUGAUUAUGAUGGUCACACACAGAAGACCCUGGAGGAAAUCGUGCGGGAUAUUGGAGUGGCCAGGAACAAUCUUCGACGAGGGCAGAUGGCAAUGAUGCCGCGCACGGGGCUGCGCGGAGGUCUGCUAAACAAAGGUGUGAACUUGAACCCGAGCGUGGCAGGAGGAUUGGGGCAGUCAUCGGCACAACUUUCGUGUCUUCGCAGCACCCGAACCACGGCUGGGCUUGUCGGUGUCUCUGGAACCAAUGGCCUGCGAAAAGACUCCCCAUUCGACUUUGCGGACAAACAACUAGAGCUUGCUCACUCGCUCUGUGAGACGGCAGCGUACCAGGUACUCCGAUCCGGCGAUUGUGGGACGGAACUGGACGGUGUGGAGGAAAAAUUCAAAAUGCUACUCGAGGCAGCUAUCAAUGAGGUCGACCGUAUUACGGCGGAAAAGAAACAGCAAGAAGAGCACCAGCAACAACAACAAGACGGAUCUGUGAUUGAAGGGCCUCCAAAGCCACUUCCGACUCUUUCUGCAGCGCGACUCGCCAGGGUCGCUGCAUUCGCUGCGAACAAGCCCUCCUCGACAACCGCGGACACCAUCGAAGUCGAUGAUAACUCAUCCCUCUCUGCUGAGUCCAUUGAUCUCUCUGCAUUCCGCUCAUCUCGGAUCCGAGUAUAA